AUGUCUACCGCUGGAUUUCAAUAUACUGGUGAUAGAGACACAGCUCGUUGUAAACAUUGUGGACUUGAAGCAUUCAAUUGGACACUGUACUUGAAUCUUCCCUCCUCGUCAACAACUACUGAUCAAAAUACAUUAAUAUCAGAUGAACAAGAAAAUCAUCCUCAACCUCGAAAAAUUGAUUUAAAAUCUCGAUUAAAUAAUUUAUUCGAACCUGAUUCACUUCAACAAUGUUGA